UUAUGGAUUUUAGAAUUUAGAUUCAUUGGUUUGAUGGACUUUCUGGGUCUUCCAUUAUUGGUGAAUCUGAAGCUUUCAGUAAAGAUGUUUAUGUUGCAGUCGUUCUUUUUUUUUUUUUUUUUUUACUGAGAUUUGAAGUUGGAUUUUAAUGGGCUCUAAGUUGAAGUCAUUUUGGUUUAAAUCAGUGAUUAGGUGGGUGGUCUGAAUUUUUGGAAGUACUUACAUUCUCUGGUUGUCUCUGUCACGGUUUGAUCGAUUUAUGCUAGUAGAGAUAAGAAUGUUGGAGUAUUUGAGGAAUUCUUAGAGGUGGGUUUUGUUCUUAGACGGGCUUUGGGAUUAUUGGACUUGUUUUGGAUCCGGACUAAUUGAGUUGCUGGAUAAGUUAGAAAACAUGAUGGUUGAGCUUUCUGAGUGUGGUUUAGAUUGGCAUUUUUCCUUAUAUGGGUUGUGGAAAUAAGGCAGAGCAACCAAAAUUAUUUGUAUUAUUGUAUUAUUCUCCUGAAAAAUGUGUUAUAGAGAUGGAAGUCUUAUUGUGCAAGGAAGAGAAGUGGGAAGUUUGGUGAUGGCUGUAACCUAAAUUUCAAUCUGUCCUCUGUAAUUUGGCUCAAUAGAAUUGGAACUUCAUAUCUUCACUUGAUGGUUAUGGGUUGUCAUGGAAGUUUUAUUUUGGGGGAAAGAAAAAGGUAUGGAUCAGCUGUUACUGUUCUCCAAAUCGAAUCUAACCAUCGGCUUUACCCAUUGUGGAUUAUCUAAGCAUUGGAGAAAUUGGUGUUCCAAGAUUGGAUAGAGGGGUCUCUGUUUCUUUCUGAAUCAGUUGAGACUCUUUGUUUUUGGGAAGAGACCUAGUCCUAGCCCUGUCUUAGAAAUGGGAGCCUCGAAUUCUAAAAUAGAAGAAGAUAAGGCCCUGCAACUAUGUCGUGAAAGGAAGAAAUUUGUUAGACAAGCACUUGAUGGGAGAUGCUCACUAGCAUCUGCUCAUGUUACUUACAUUCAAUCAUUGAAAAAUACUGGAAAUGCACUGCGAAAAUUUGUUGAGCCUGAAGCUCAAAUAGAGUCAUCAUUGUACACUUCCACCAGUGCAACACCUGAGCUACUUGCUUUAGCGGAAAAGUCCCUUUCCCAGUUCUCAUACUCUUCACCAUCUUUGUCACAGCGUGUAGAUGCAGCUGAAACUCUGACUCCUCUGACUCCCCACUCUGGCCGAUUUCAUGUAAACUAUAUGAAAGCAAUUGGUGGUUCUACAAGAACAGUUGAAGAGAGACCAUUUCCAGUAACUGAAACGCUAAAGUUUUCCUCAAGUACCCCGCAAAAUCUCAUGCCUCGAUCUGCUGAAAGGCCUGAAAUGUCAUCAUUUCAAGAUUCUUCCCUACCACCUGGGACUCCUUGGGAUUAUUUUGGCCUUUUCCAUCCAAUUGACAAUCAAUUCUCUACUCAAGAUGGUAGGGGGUUGAACCAUGAUGGGUUGGACAAUCAUGAUAUUAUAAGACGGCUUAGGGAAGAGGAGGGAAUUCCUGAACUGGAGGAUGAUGAGCAGAAAUCCACUUAUACUGGAAAAAGAAUGGAAUCUGAGGAGUCUGAAGAUGAUGAAUUUGAUGAACCUUCUACAGAUAAUCUUGUUCGAAGUUUUGAAAACCACAAUAGGGUAUUGGAUUCACAUUUAAAUAAUAGCUCUCCAGCUAUUCUAUCAGCCAGGAGUAUAGCUACAGAAGCUGAACUCUUGAAUGGGGCAAAAGUUAAAUCACCUGAUUUGAAAUCAUCAAGGACCACAGCUUCUGUGGUUCCACUUCCCCUUGACGACAAGCAAACAGAAGAGAAAGAAGCUGGAAAUGAAAGUAAGCUUACACCUAAGGACUUCCUUUCAAGCAUAAAAGAUGUUGAAUUUCUAUUCUUCAAAGCUUCAGAAUCUGGAAAAGAAGUUCCCCGGAUGCUUGAAGCAAAUAAAUUGUGUUUUCGUCCAAUUUUCCCUGGGAAAGAAGGGAAGUCAAGGGCAUCCAUGUUUUUGAAGGACUGUUUUUCUUGUGGCAAAGACCCAACCCAAGUUCCUGAAGAGCCUGCUGUGACAGCAGUCAAGUACUUAACUUGGCAUAGGACGACAUCAUCCCAUUCCUCAUCAUCCAGGAAUCUUCUUGGAUCAAGUUCGAAAGACAAUAUUGAAGACUUAAGCAGUAAUCUGUUCAGUAAUUUUUGCAUGAAUUCCGGCAGUCAUGUCUCCACUUUAGAUAGGCUAUAUGCAUGGGAGAGGAAGCUUUAUGAUGAAGUCAAGGCUAGUGGGAUAAUCAGAAGGGAGUAUGACACCAAGUGUAAACUGCUAAGACAGCUGGAGUCAAAGGGAGAAAAUUCUCUUAGGGCUGAUAAAACACGUGCAGUUGUCAAGGAUCUGCAUUCAAGAAUUGGAGUUGCAUUUCACAGGAUUGACUCAAUAUCAAAGAGAAUUGAGGAAUUAAGGGACAAAGAGCUUCAACCACAACUCGAAGAAUUGAUUGAGGGGUUAAGUCGAAUGUGGGAAAUGAUGUCUGAAUGCCACAAGCUUCAGUUUCUCAUCAUCAGUAUAGUAUAUGACAAUGGCAGUGACAAACUGUCCUUGCAGUCAGAAUCACAUCGGCAUGCUACCUCUCAUCUGGAACAUGAAUUGAGCUAUCUAUCUUUAAGCUUCACAAAGUGGAUUAAUGCACAGAAAUCAUACGUGCGGGCUAUAAAUGGAUGGCUCCACAAAUGUGUAUUUAUUCAACGGAAAACUUCGAGGAGAAGAAGAAUGCCUGAUCCACCCUUGAGGGAACUAGGCCCUCCCAUAUAUGUAACCUGUGGUCUAUGGUUGGAUAAACUUGAGGCCGUACCAGUGAAAGAUGUGUCAGAUUCUAUAAAAGCGUUAGCAACAGAGACCACAUGCUUCUUACCUCGCAAAGAGAAGAACCAAGGGAAGAGUUUUAAUCGACCAUUUUCAUCAGCCUGCAAUGCAGUUGGCAAUGGUGAAGGAACGAGCAAUGACCUGGGAGAGGAACCACCACAAGACUGGAAUUCAGGGUUUGAUCGUUUCAGAUCGAGCUUAGUGGGUGUUCUUGAUCAGUUCAAUUGCUUUGCUGAAUCAUCAGUGAAGAUGUAUGUCGAGCUUCAACAGGCCAUUCAAAAAGCUAAAAAUGGUAAUGAACAAAGUAUGCGUAAGUCAUAUUCAUUAGGUUGUUGAUUGUUUUGACACAGAAAAAAGAAAACAAAUAAAGGUAAGGAAGAGAAAAGAUGGGGAGUGAGUGUUCAGUUGAAGCAGUUAUUCUGCUUUGAAGUGUUUCAGAUGGGAGUUAUUAUUUAUCUCUAAUAUUUGUAAAUUGGAGGAGUAUUGGGCUGAGGAUUCUUCAUAUGUUAAUUAUUUUAGUUGAGAAUAAAUAAACAAGAAAAAGUAGCCAGUGGAUCUGUAGAUGGGACACCCAGAAGUGAGGGAGGGGGGGGGGGGGGGGGUUGGUUUGUAUGUUCCCUUUGAAAAUAAAUAAGAGUUUUGGAACUGAGUAAAUCUGUAUAGAUUGAGAACAUGAAGAGUCAGGUAGAGAAUCCCCACAUGUACAACCCAUUCUGUAAUAAACUGUCUAUAAUUUCAUGCAUCAGUGUAUCCAUUCAAUUUAUACUUUCUCUAAUAAUCUUUUGGUCAGAUCCAUGUUGCGAAACCCAUUUAGUUGGGAUAGGCUGAGUUGUGUAUCCAUUCAUUGGCUCUUCAUGCCUUUUGAUAUAGUUUGUUGACAACUUGUAAUGGUGAAAUAAGCAGUAUUAUGUUGUAACUAUGAUUGCAGUGUGAUUUUAUGAGCA